GGAAAAGUGAUUGCCCAACGACGCAGCUUUUGUAGAUCCUUACCUCCGAGCAGCCGUGUCCGAGUUCCUGGUUUCUGAGCUAUAUAAGAAACGACAUGUCCUCUCCUUGCUAUUGAGAUCAUCCAGCGACGUCCUUCAUCCUCAGCAUCUGUCUCUCUUUCUCUGUGUCCCUCAUUUCCUGAUUGAGUCCACCACAUACCCGGUCAAGAUGAAGGCUUUCAGUCAAUCGCUUUUGGCUCUCUCGCUUGUAUCAGUGGCUGUUGCAGCAGCAGCUUGCAACACAUCAGCCCUGAACACGACCACUUAUAAUUAUUAUAUCACGGUGGAUGGCACAACAGUCUUUGAUGUUGCACGUGCCACCAAUCGCGGUGUUUGUGACAUCGGCCGCCAAAACCUCAUGGCGGAUGUAACUAUUGUUCCCAAUGUGGGCGAGUACUUCAUCAUCCCUCCCGAGGUGUGCGAGCCAGACAAUACAUCCUGUCUCUUGCCAAACAUCAAUGCUACCCGCACCUGUAUCUACGGCGGACCUCGUCUCUACUACACCGUUCGGGGAGACACCUACGAAGUGAUUGCCCGCCGACUCAACAUCACGGUGGAAUCACUGAUGCACGUGGAUGGGCCUGCAAAUGAGACUCUAACCAAUCCUACUUCCCCGACGGCGGAGUUGGAUGUUGGCCAGUUCAUCAAGGUGCCUCAGUGCGAUCCUAGUCAGUGUGUCAUCCAGCCUUACGUCUUCAAAUGGGGUGUGUACAAGGACCUUGCAGAGAAGUACGGCACUACAGUGGGCCAGAUCAUGAUGAUGAGCCCGACGUACAACUACAGCAGUCUGGCUUUCUCACCUGAGGGCAUGUACCCUCCGAUCAACCUCCCGAUCAACUGCACGGCAUUGUCGAACAACAUGACCACCCUUGAUUAG